AUGACCGCCACCGCUACUCCUCCGAAUGCUCAGUUUGACGAAGAAGAGACUGACGACGAGCUCUUCUCGCGACUCUUUCCUUUGGAGCUUGCCUGGCGCGACCGACAAGUCUUCCUCCAAUCUCGCGGGUACAUGUUGCGCCCUCGUCUCCGGCCAGGCUGGGUCCCGUCUUGGAGAACUACCGGCAAGUCUAUCUUCAACUCCGAAGAUAGUUUUGCCCUUCCGGAGCGUCAACAUCUAGUGGACGCGACUCGGAUCGACGACGGCAAGCUCGUGUACAUCAAACGCGUCAAGACUAGAGACCAGGAGUCGACCAUCCUCAUGCUCCUGAACGCUCCUGAAUUGCGAGAUGAUCCUCGGAAUCAUGCCGUCCCCAUCCUGGACCACUUUCAAGACGACGUGGACCCGUCGAUAUCGUACAUCGUCAUGCCAUUCCUCCGCCCUCUCGACAGGCCUCCCCCGGAGAGAGUGAGCGACUGUAUUGACUUCGUGACACAGUACUUGGAGGGCUUGGUGUUCCAGCACGAGAAGGGGGUCGCGCAUCGUGACUGCUCUGCUAAGAACCUCUUGGUGGACGCUUCCUCCCUCUACCCCAACGGCCACCAUCCGACGAAACUCGACUUCUCGCCCGAUUACAGCAAAGUUGUACGCCCGCUACCACGCUCAAAGCACAAAGUGCAUUACUACUACGUCGACUUCGGUAUAUCAUCGCACAUUCCGCCUGGAUCAGCGUCUGCGCUAGUCACGGGCAUCUUCGGCCGAAACCAGAAAGUGCCGGAGUUGUCGGAUACUGUACCCUAUGAUCCGUACAAGGUGGACGUCUUCAGUAUGGGACAGGUGUUCGAACAGGCGUUCGUCAAGACGUACUCGAACGUCAAGUUUCUGAAGCCGCUGAUACAAUACAUGACCGCGCGCGACCCCACUGCUCGGCCAACCGCCGCGGAGGCUCUUGCUCAGUGGACUGCAUUACCGAAACCGGGCCGUUAUGGGUGCGCUUUGAGGCUGAGAGGACGAGACGAGCUUGCGCCAGUCAGCGCAAUCAUCGGUCUCUUCGAUCGGAUCGGGGCUUUCCCUGCGCUAUUCACUUAA